AUGAAUGAAAUUAAUAUAAAUAGAGAAAUGGAACGCCUGAAAUUAUUAUUUCAAAGAAUUGUAGAUGUAAUUUUGUUCUUAUCUGCUAAUAAUUUAUCGUUUCGAGAAUCACAUGAAGUAAUAGGUGUACCAAAUAAUGGGAAUUUUUUAAGUUUAAUUGAAUUGUUAAGUAAAUAUGAUCCUGUACUAAUGGAUCAUGUAAACAGAAUUAAAAAUUCGAAGAAAAGGAUUGUGCACCACUUGACACAUAGAUCGCAAGACGAAAUUAUUGCGGCUUUAGGAAAUGAAGUACUUAAUAAAAUUAAAAAUGAUAUUAAAGCCGCCACAUAUUUCAGCAUACAGAUGGAUUGCACCCCAGACAUUUCUCAUACCGAACAGACAUCAAUCAUUAUUAGAUAUGUACAUUUUUGUGAUAAAAAAAUAAACAUAUAUGAAUCGUUUGUGGGAUUUAUUGAAGUAUCAGAUACAACUGGUGAAGGACUAGCUAAUACCCUUUUAAAAAGAAUAAAUGAGCUGGAUUUGGAUAUUAUGUAUUGUAGAGGGCAAGCAUACGAUAAUGGGGGCAAUAUGAAAGGAAAAUAUAAAGGCGUACAGUCCAGAAUAAUUAGUUUAAAUUCUCAUGCAAUUUAUGUCCCUUGCAUAUCACAUUCUUUCAACCUGUUAAUCUGUGAUGCUGCUUCUAGCAGCAUAUAUUGUAAAAACUUUUUUGGAUUGCUGCAACGCGUAUAUUGUUUGUUUUCUGCCUCAACCAAAAGGUGGGAAAUUUUACGAAAGCACUUAAAUAUUACGUUAAAACCAUUAUGUGAUACUCGUUGGGAAGCCAAAAUAGAUUCCGUUAAAGCAGUGUACACACAGUUUGAAGAAACAUGUAAUGCCUUGGAAGAACUAACUGAAACAAGUAAUGACAACGCUGUCGUUUCCGAAGCUCAAAGUAUACUAAAUUCAAUACAAAAAAUGCCUUUUAUUUUAUCUUUAUCAGUGUGGUUCACAAUAGUAUCGAAAAUUAAUAGCAUCAACAAAUUACUUCAAGGAAAAGCAAUGGUUCUUGCCUCGGCACUUAAUUUAAUAAAUAAAAUUAACGAGGAUGUCCAAAAUUUAAGAUCGAAGUUUAAUGAAUUUUUAGAAAAAGCAAGAACUACAGCGUGCCACAUGAAAAGUUCAGCAGAUUUUCCUGAGAAACGUAUUAGGAAAAGAAAACGAAUAUUUUCCGAAUUAGCGGAAGAUGAAGUGUUGGAAAAACCGGAAGAGGAAUUUAGAUGCACAUCCUAUUUUUAUUAUAUUAGAGAAAUAUGGAUAAUUUCAUCCCAUUUAUCUUAUUAA